AUGUCUUUCCAACUGACCGUGAUCAUCGUCGGGGCAGGCAUCGGUGGCCUAGCUGCUGCACUGGCACUCCGCCAAGCUGGCCACAAAGCCGUCGUCCUGGAAAGGUGCAGCAGCAAGCGCGAAGUCGGAUUCGCCGUAAGUUUAUCUCCCAAUGCAAAUAUGGUCCUACGAAGCCUUGGCGUCGACUUUAAGAGUGCUCGUAUGGUGUACUGCACCGAAGAGGUAAUCAUCCAAGCACUACCAGCAGAGCAGCCAUUUCAAGUCCUAUGGCGGAAAUCAUUAGCCAAUCUCGAGAAGGAGUACGGGGCUCCCUGGAUGACUGUGCAUCGAGUGGAUCUGCACAACUGCCUAAGGGAUCUGGCUACCAGAAGAGAGGGAGCAGGUGUGCCGGUGGACAUUAUGGAGGGAGUUUCAGCAGUGUAUUUUGACCCUGCGGGCUCGAUUACGCUGCAUAAUGGGGAAAUGCUAAAGGGGGAUUUCAUAGUUGCGGCGGAUGGUGUGAAAUCGAAAGCCCACAGAUCCAUUAUGAAAGAUGGAGAAGAGAGGCCCGCAACACUGACUGGAGUAAGCAAUGUGCGGGUUUGCGUGCCAACUAGGGCACUCAUGGAGGACAAGGAAUUGAGGGAGUUUAUGGAGCUUGCACCUCAUGGAACCUCCGUUAGUUUGGGGUCGAGACGAGAUCGGCUGAUUCUGCGAUACCCAUGUCGGGACAAUCUCCUCCAGAACUUCGGCUUCUACGCCGCCACCGACGACAACCUGCCCACCAACAAACAGAAGUGCAACACGCAGACGGCAAAACAAGUUGCCUCCGACCACAUCCAGAGCUUCCAUCCAUCUCUCCACAAAAUGCUCGACUACUGUGAUGAAGACGACAUGUACCACUGGAAAGUUGCGGACCGCGACCCUCUGCCUACGUACCACAAGGACCGCCUUAUUGUCCUCGGCGAUGCUGCGCAUCCAAUGCUUCCGACCUUGGGCAAUGGUGCGGGGAUGGCGAUUGAAGACGCAGGAGCUCUAGGCGCGAUUAUGGAGGGAGUCAAUGGUGUGGGCGAGGUGGCGCGAAGGCUAGAUUUGUGGGAUCGCUUGCGGAGACCAAGGGCUAGUGCAGUGCAGCUUUUGAGUCGCACAGUCGCAGUGGAGUACGAUCUCAGUAAAGAGACACAGGAUAUGGUAAGACAGUAUCUGUCAGAGGAGGAACUUCCCGACUUUACACGGACCUGUGUGAAUAGGAUGUUGUUUCGAUACGAUUGCUUAGGGGAGACGAGGAGGGCGAUGCAGGACAUGAUGAAUUCGGCGAUUUGUGCCAGCUCCAGACAGUUUGGCGCCGCACAUUAA